GGCUAAAGGGUCCCCUGAGGUCUAGGAUUAAAUACUGUGGGAGAGAGCUCCCUUGGAGCUACUAAGCACUAUAUAAGUAUCUAAAAUAAAAAGUUCUCAGAUUAUUUUAGGAGUCUUUCCAACUCUUCUAAGGUAUAUUGACUGUUUCUGAGAACAUUUACAGAAGUGUUUCCUUACUGCUAAUAUUCUGAAAAGAAGUCCCUUCCCCCACCCGUUUUCUUGUCCCUGCUGUUGUAAAUGAGCACCAAAAAGUGCUAUGAAAAGUCUGGCAGAGAGAAGAUUUACCUGCUGUUUAAAAUCCAUGCCAGGAGAAUGACACAUCAUGAGAAGAACCUUGUGUUGUCAUCUAAUGUCGCCUCAGCUGCCUGCUCUCAACUGAUCUUGUGAAUAGGACAUCUCCUUGGCAUCAUAUAAGACAAAUGAACUUCAGCCCAUAAGGAGAGCACCUCUUAUUUUUUGAUGUUUCUCUUAUUUCUUGACACCUAUAAACAUCUUUCUGACACUUUUUUGUAAAUGACUACAAUUUUAUUUGGCCUUUAACAUUACCCUCAUUUUGCCCUAUUUUUGAGGCUGAACAAACAAUAUCCCUUCAGGAGUAGAGCUCUGUAUCUAAAGCUGGAGCCCUGUCUUGCCAUUUGUGAAUAUGUAAAUAUUUACACUUUAGAAAGUGGCCAGCCUUCCUGAAGAAAGCUUGGGUUUUAUGUUGGUUCUUGGGCUAACAGUUCUAUUGUAUCAGUAAUAAUAGCUAGUAUUUCCAUAGCACUUUAAGGUUUGCAAAGUGCUUUAGAAAUACCUCAUCCUCCCAAUAACCUUGGAAAGUAGGUGCUAUUAUCCUUAUGUUAAGAGGACACUGAGGCAGACAGUUUUAGGAGCUUGCCCAGGGCCUAUGUCAUGUCAGAGGCUGGAUGUGAACACCUGGGCCCAGGUUCAGCUCUAUUCACUUGGCUACCUAGCUGCCAUUCCGAAGAUCUUCACUAAUUGGAUUCCAUCCCCAACUCCUUUUUACAAUUCAGUUAGCACCCCAAAGCUACCCCUCUAAUGUUCAGACAGGGCCAGGUAUCUUAACAAAUUCUACCAAAUGCCACAUUCUCCUAGUUCCUUGUUAACUAGCGUUAUUGUAAGCAGGAAUACCAAGCAAGCAACUGGUGAAUUCGCUAAUCUCAUUAGUUUUUGACAAAGUAAGACCCUGUGGGAAUGAUCCCAAGACCUGUAGACUUUUACUAGGUAAUGAUGUUUUUUAAUUUUGGGUUUUUCUUGAGUUACAUGAGGGAGAAUCAAAGAAGGAAUAGGACCGGUGUUCCAAGGGAAUAGGAUGAGGAGGCAGGACACGAAGGCCAAGUGGCCCAGCUAUUUAUUAUUUCCUUUGUUUUUUUCUGAGAACUUGGACAAAAAUAGUUAAAAGGGGUUUAAUGCUAAGUCGACCACCCCUGAACCUCCCAGCAGUGGAGGACAAGUCCCUGAAAACUGUCAGAAUACUGCACCUCUUUUUGCAGACAUGGAAACUAAGGUUCUGAGAGCUUAAAUCAAUUAUUUGCCCAAAGUCACCAAGCAAGAGCAGAGCCAGGAUUUAAAUUCAGGUCCUGGAGCUAGCCCGGUACUUUGAAUUCCUCACUCACUGCCUCACUUUGCUUGCGGGUAGAACAACUGAGGCACAGAGUUGUGACAACUAACUGCUGCCUUGCAGCUGCUGGCUCCACCAUAGAAUCCACACCGCAUGACAUUCCAGCCCAGAAUCCUGGCUGGGAAACUUCCAGACACUGACGCUCCAGAUUCGAGAACCGCUCCGCCUACCCGCGCGGGAAUCGUGCGUCCUUUGCGUAAGCGCCAUUCCGCUGGCUGGCGGGGCGGGGCGUGCUUAGCACGACGCCCCACCCCCUUUCUCUACGCGGGCGCGGUACCGUGACGACGGCAGGCACGCCUCACGCUCUCCUGCGCCAUGACGCAGCGGGCGGGUUUAUAUUGGCGCCGUGUAUCCUUCGCGGGCCUCUGCGGGAGAAGCGUCAGCCCCACGCGGUUGGAGUCGGACCUCCCGCCAGCCCAACCCACCUCCCCUGCUUCCGUCCCGUCCCGUCCCGUCCCCACCAUGGCAGACUAUCUGAUCAGCGGCGGGACUUGUUACGUUCCAGAUGAUGGACUCACGGCGCAGCAACUCUUCAACUGCGGGGACGGGCUUACGUACAACGACUUCCUCAUCCUCCCCGGAUAUAUAGACUUCACAGCUGAUCAAGUGGACCUAACAUCAGCACUUACCAAGAAGAUAACCCUGAAAACCCCACUUGUGUCUUCUCCCAUGGACACAGUCACCGAGGCUGGGAUGGCCAUUGCCAUGGCACUUACAGGAGGUAUUGGCUUUAUACAUCAUAACUGCACCCCAGAAUUCCAGGCCAAUGAAGUCCGAAAAGUGAAGAAAUAUGAACAGGGCUUCAUCACUGACCCUGUGGUCCUGAGCCCCAAAGAUCGUGUCAGAGAUGUCUUUGAAGCCAAGGCAAGGCAUGGCUUCUGUGGAAUCCCAAUCACAGACAAUGGCAAGAUGGGCAGCCGCCUGGUGGGCAUCAUUUCCUCUCGUGACAUUGACUUUCUUAAGGAGGAGGAACAUGACCGUUUCCUGGACGAGAUCAUGACCAGGCGGGAGGAUCUGGUAGUAGCUCCUGCCGGCGUCACAUUAAAGGAAGCCAAUGAAAUACUGCAGCGGAGCAAGAAAGGGAAACUGCCUAUCGUGAAUGAGGAUGAUGAGUUAGUGGCUAUCAUUGCCCGCACGGACCUAAAGAAGAAUCGGGACUACCCCCUGGCCUCCAAGGACACCAAGAAGCAGCUUUUGUGUGGGGCAGCCAUUGGCACCCAUGAGGAUGACAAGUACCGGCUUGACUUGCUGGCCCAGGCCGGCGUCGAUGUGGUUGUGCUGGACUCUUCCCAAGGAAACUCCAUUUUCCAAAUUAACAUGAUCAAGUACAUCAAAGAGAAAUACAACAACCUCCAGGUUAUCGGCGGCAAUGUGGUGACAGCUGCACAGGCCAAAAACCUCAUUGACGCUGGAGUGGACGCCCUGCGGGUUGGCAUGGGCAGUGGCUCCAUCUGCAUUACCCAGGAAGUGGCUCCCAAGAUCCCUCCAGACAUAAAGUCCCACAGCCCUAAAUGCCCUUCUACUGUCACGGGCACCUAUAUGCUGGCAUGUGGGCGGCCCCAAGCGACAGCUGUCUAUAAAGUCUCAGAAUAUGCACGGCGUUUUGGUGUCCCAGUCAUUGCUGAUGGGGGCAUCCAAAAUGUGGGCCACAUUGCCAAAGCCCUUGCCCUUGGAGCUUCCACAGUGAUGAUGGGCUCUCUAUUGGCGGCCACCACUGAGGCCCCAGGCGAGUACUUCUUCUCUGAUGGAAUCCGGCUAAAGAAAUACCGAGGGAUGGGGUCCCUUGAUGCCAUGGACAAGAACCUUGGCAGCCAGAACCGCUACUUCAGUGAAGCAGACAAAAUCAAAGUGGCUCAGGGAGUAUCCGGGGCCGUGCAAGACAAAGGUUCCAUCCACAAAUUUGUUCCCUACUUGAUUGCUGGCAUCCAGCACUCCUGCCAAGACAUUGGUGCCAAGAGUCUAACUCAAGUCAGAGCCAUGAUGUAUUCUGGGGAACUGAAAUUUGAGAAGAGGACAUCAUCUGCCCAGGUGGAAGGCGGUGUUCAUGGACUCCAUUCGUACGAGAAGCGGCUCUUCUGAGAAGUGGCCUUGUUUGGCUUUAGUGCCUCUCACCUCUCCCUCUAGUUUUUUUCAAUAAAAAGCUGGAUAUAGUG